AUGGCGCACCAGUGCACUCCCCGCUUCUGUCCCAACAAACCGCGAGUCUUCGUAACCUCCGAUAUUGCCAACGAGCCUGACGAUGCCGAAUCACUCGUGCGCUUCUUACUUUACGGAAAUGAGUUUGACAUCAAGGGCCUUGUUGCAUGCACCUCAAACUGGUUGCGCUCAGUCGUCCACCCAGAAGAGAUGGAGACGAUCAUCCGUGCCUACGGAUCUGUCGUCUCCAAUCUCAACGCCCACGUCCACCCAGACAAUCAGUACCCAUCCGCCGAGGAUCUCCUCAACAUUCUACGGACUGGACCAUCCACGUACGGCAAACGUGCCCUGGGCCCCGACGUCCAAUUGAGCAACGGCGCAGAGCUCCUAAUUGAACAGCUAUCCGCCUCUGAGCAUCCUCUCUGGGUACUCUGUUGGGGGGGAACGAACGUCCUCGCUCAAGCCCUGCAGCAUCUCAGCAAAAGCCAAUCUGCGUCAAAUUUUGCUACUCUCCGCUCAAGAAUUAGGGUCUACGCUAUUUCCGACCAAGAUGAUACGGGCCACUGGAUCCGCACAACGUAUCCAGAUAUUUUCUAUAUCUGCUCCAUUCAUGGCUGGAACAAUUAUGCCCUCGCCACCUGGACAGGAAUUUCCGGUGAUAUCACAGGAGACGAAUUCCCCGAUCAUGGCGGUCCGGAUACUUCUCUCGUCUGCGCGUCCUGGCUGAAAAAACGUAUCCAGAUUGGACCUCUUGGUAGCGUGUACCCCGACUACAAAUUCAUCAUGGAAGGUGAUACCCCAACCUUUUUAUACCUCAUUCAGAAUGGCCUUGGGUGCCCAGAACACCCUGAAUACGGAAGUUGGGGGGGUCGGUACACGCCCAUUGAUCCUAAGUUUGCGGCGACUCAUUACACCGACGCGGCAGAUCGUGUUGUUGGCAUGAAUGGAAGAAAGUUCGUUAGUAACCAGGCGACUAUUUGGAGGUGGCGGGAAGCGUAUCAGCAUGAUUUUGCUGCGAGGAUGAGUUGGACAUUAUCGAACAAUUUCGGGGCAGCAAACCAUGCGCCUGUGGUAGUUGUUAAUGGAAGUUCAGGGCCGGAGGCCUUGGUAUUGGAUGUGGUGGCAGGUGGGAGUGUCGUUUUAGAUGCUUCCGAAAGCUAUGAUCCUGACGGAGAUCGGUUGGCAUUUAAUUGGUUUCAAUAUCGUGAACCCACAGCGGCGAUGGGCCUGGUCAUUGACCCUCAGAUUGCGGACCUCGAUAUUGCGCCACUGGAAGGGACUGGGAACGAGACGUGGAAAGUGAAGGUUGCUAUACCUGGGCCGGAGAAGUGUGUAAUUGAUUUUCCGAAUGGGAAUACAAAAGCAGAAGGCCAGGAUCUGCAUCUGGUUCUUGAAGUGAAGGAUGACGGAGCUCCUUGUUUGUAUUCCUACAAGAGAGUUAUCUUCAGGGUGAAAAGCGAAAAGCUUCUUUGGUAA